AUGUUUCCAGCCGUCGUCAUAAUCGUGGCAUGUUGUACGACAGUGGUACUAUUCCUGUACAAAUAUACGACAUCCACGUACAAGUAUUGGAAGACGAAGUCGGUGACGUUUGCCCCACCAGUACCAUUAUUCGGUAAUAUCAAAGACCACGUGACGCUAAAAAUGACCCAGGGCGAGUGCUUGAAAAAUAUUUACAAUGAUUUUCCUGGUGAAAAGUUUGUGGGCAUGUACCAGUUACAGACGCCAACGCUGCUACUCCGCGAUCCAGAAACCAUUCGGUUGUUUCUGGUGAAGAGCUUCGCACACUUCACGGACAGAGGAUUCUCGUACGACGGUCACAGGGAACCGUUGACCAAACAUCUAGUCAAUUUAGAGGGCGACACGUGGAAGACUCUCCGACAAAAGCUCACGCCCACGUUCAGCUCUGGUAAAAUCAAAAGUAUGUUAGGGCUGUUACAAGGCUGCGGGGUGCAACUUAUUGAGUACAUGGACGCAACCAUCGAGUCUGGAAGGACGGAAUUCGAAAUUCGUGACUUAACGGCCAAAUUCACUACAGACGUGAUUGGCACGUGCGCGUUCGGACUGGAAUGCAAUUCGCUGAGAGACUCGCAAUCCGAAUUCAGACGGAUGGGAUGUGCGGUGCUCAAUUCGUCCGCGUCCUUAGCGUUGGCCAAAAUGGUCCGAGUGUUCUUCCCGAAACUUUUCAAGGCGUUGAAACUCCGCACGUUCCCGGCCGAAGUGCAACAGUUCUUCAUGGGCAUCGUAAAACAGACAAUCGACUUCCGGAACACCAACCAAGUGCGUCGGAACGACUUCAUACAGCUGUUGCUUGAGAUUAAAAACCAAAAUCACAACCAAGAAAAAGCGAUUAAUUCCAUUGAACUGACCGAAGAGUUGAUCGCCGCUCAAGUGUUCGUGUUCUUCCUGGCCGGCUUCGAGACGUCGUCCACGACGCUGAGUUUUUGCUUGCACGAGAUGGCCGUCAACCAGGACAUUCAAAACAGGGUGUACGACGAAAUCAACGAAACAGCCAAUAUGUACGGAUUGCCGUUCUCUUAUGAAGCAAUCUCGUCGAUGAACUACUUAGAACAAUGUCUGAAAGAAACGAUGAGGAAAUAUCCACCGGUACAGGCCUUGGCCAGGGUGUGCACCAAACAGUUCAGGGUGCCCGGCACAGACUUGGACCUGGACGUGGGCACGGCCGUUUUGAUACCAGUCUACGCGAUACACCACGACCCGCAGUACUACCCGGAACCCGACACGUUCGACCCGGACCGGUUCGCCAAAGACGGCGACGGCGGCGGUGCCGAUAACGGGAGACCCGCCGGAGUUUUUCUGCCGUUCGGCGAUGGCCCGCGCAUAUGCAUAGGUAUGCGUUUUGCCAUGUUGGAAAUGAAACUGGCAUUGGCCCAGUUCCUUCACAGUUACUUAGUGACGCUGAGCGACAAAUCCUGUGCACGCAUCGAGUUUGAACCAGCGUCGUUCCUGUCAUGUCCGAAAGGCGGUAUAUGGUUGAACGUCAAUAAACGUAAAGCAUGA